AUGGAAACACCAUGCUUUUCUAUACCAACAUCUACAACGGUAAUCCAGCCCGAGCAGCCGAUCGUUAGCACAGUCAAUGAGUCUACUCCUUGUGCGGAGUACUCUAUUCCAACCCAGAUUUGGCUCGCUGACCAGCUUACAAAAUUGAGCCCUGCACGUUUGGCUCCAUUUGACGAUUUACUGGAACCAAUAGAGGUCCCUACAAAAACAAAAGUCCCGUUCUUGCAAGAUGAGGAGCUAAAGGCUCGGGUUAUCCAAGAGGCAGUACAAGCAGAGAAGGAUCGGAGGGACUCAAUGAUGCUCAAGGCAAGAGGGCGGUUUGCACAGCUGGUGCAUGAAAGCGCAACAGAAGGUAGGCCAAAGUCUGCAAUCUUUCUGGCUCCGGAGCGAGCAGCCACUCAGUAUUCAAAGUUAACCAUUAAUGAACCCGUCAAUAAUAGCGAGUUACACCGACCUCCGAGCAUAGAUUAUGUAAAAAGUAGAACCGUGAGCUCAAAACUGGACAAACACAUAUCCGAGUACCCCGAAUACAAAGAAGCAAUGACAAAUCAGCGGCAACAACGUAAAACAAGUAGAAAAGCUGCCUCUCCAUCUUGGAGAAGUGUCCGUGCAAAAUCUCCAGAGUCCGUUGAUGGCAUUCUUGCUAAAACUGCCCCACAACUGUUAGAUAAUAAGAGAUUCAAGCCUCAAUACCACCUCGUCGAGACAUACGUUGAUAACCUCAGUACAACGCCGUUACAGAACUACAAAAGCAUCGGGACAAAAGAUACACGGCCUUCGUCGUGUUUUCUUUCAUCAGAGAGAGAUAAAUAUGUGCCAUCUCUGGCGUACAGACAAAACAAAACAGAAUCGGAGCUAAAAGCGCCUCGCCUUAUGGCAGAAAAGGCUUCAGAUCCUAAGCGUGCAAGGUGUACUGUUAGGUGCUCUUCUGCUAACGUAGAAGCACGAGAGAGACAGAACGAAGAUAGCAAUGGUCUAAACCCAGUACCUUCGGAGCCCGCAGGAAAGCCUUCUCGUGAAAGAACAUUGGCGCGAGAAACAUUAGAUAAUAGAGAUUUUUGCGUAGAGCGCUCCGCCCCGGAUAGACUUAUGCGAGAGACAGAUAAAACCAAGCCAAGCAAGGAGCAGGUCACUAGAGCAUUGGGAACACGAUCUAUAGCGUCUCGCUCUGUAACCAAUCAUACAUAUAAGCGCAACGAACGGUCAGUCAGCCCAUGGAAGGAUUGGCGUAUAAAGAAUAGUCUUUCCGUGCGUCAGCCAGAGGUGGUAACAGAUCUACUUGUGACUGACGAUAAGGGGAAUGAUCCACAGAAGCAGAAGGAUUCUCUCAUGGCUAUAGCUAAACAAAAGGGCAAGGUUGAUGAACGCCUUCGUGACCAGGGUGUGAAAGCUAAGAGGAACAUGAGUGGCGCACAAGAGAACCUACCGAACGAUCCUGCUAGCGUUGAUGCCCAGUAUGAGACAAAAGAUAUAGAUGCUAAAGCAAUCAAGGCAAAAUUAGAUGAGAAAUAUGGGCAAAAACGCUUUAGGAAUAAUGUGUCAAUGGAAAAUAGCAGAAUAGAUAUAAUAAAAGAGAAUACAAACGCUAUACAAGGUACUCAGCCAAUCGACCGUAGGCUGGUGGCACAGUUGAGACAAGAGCACGUCAGGAAACUUGGCGCAGGGAGAAAUUCUUCAGAACUUAGGUAUAGCCCAAAUAGGCGGGCACAGAGCAUCAUUGCAAAGGCCAAACAGUCUGCAUUUUGUUUGGAGGACGAAGAAUCAAGUACGGUAUAUGCCGACGGAAAUGCACGCUCCCCAAGCUCUCGCAGAGGAGCCUCACUUCCACCGGAUGAGCCCCACAGGAUAUCUGGUUGUUCAAGCACGACAGCUCGAUUAACGAAUCGAAUCCCGGUACAUGAUAGAAUUAAGUACAAGACCAGUGCAUAUAUUCCCGACUAUUCUAAAACGUCUGGUAGAGACCAGAGCCCUGGACACAGGCACCUUUGUAAUGUAAGUCCUAUGGAGGCCCCGCAGUCAGCCCCAGCAAGAGCACGAGGAACCUCGUGUGGGAAAAGAGGUGCCCCUACUAGUCCGAGAUAUCAUGAUAUGCAAGGUCUGCUAUAUACGCCAGCAGGCUUACCGGUUCCGAAAUCUCUUGUAUCUAUGUUAUCUGAUAAUAUUCUCGGAAAUAUCAAGGAGAUUCCCGCGUCCACCAUUACUGCAGAUGUAGAAGGAGCACAAACAUUUCUCGUAGCCAGAGAACAUACAGACUAUACUGGGGUCAGGAGGUUUUCUGCGCAACGACCGAUCUCAGUCAAUGAUUUGCACUCAAGUCCAGGGCGCAACCAUGUCCCCAUGUCCCAGCAAUCUCCUCGCUCCAGGCCAAUCACUCAAUCUGGUAUGCGAUACGAUUCCAAGAGAGCCGCAGAGCCAUUCCAGCCUGUUGUAGACAACUUUGACUUCAUGCCAAAUGCGGAAGCGACCAUAGAAGAAGCGAACUUGGAACGGAAGCGCUAUAACAUGACACAUCCGACCCUUACACUGGCAAGUAAGAUGCCUAAAACGGGGAGGGAGGUUGUCCCAGGAAAGAUGGCGGCUUACACGCUGACAAACCUGAAUGUGCCUAUGUCGACUAUGAUCACAAAAGCGAACGAGACUCAAGCAGGAGCAGAACUUCAUAGACCCAUAAUCUCGACAAGUCACUUUGACUAUAUAGAACAGCUAGACGUGCGCAGCGCUGGAGCAUACGUGAAGCCAAGAGUCAAGGUCCCACGUAUAAUGCCAAACAAGUUUGAGGGAAGCAACAUGGAAGCCAGCCGGUUGGGCCUAGACCUAAAGAUUGGUCUUCUAGACGAUGAAUAUAUGCAAGGCAGUAAGUUUUAUGACAAGACGCACAUAGAUGACUGCUUUAAGAGUGUUGCCAGUUCUCCCUGCUUUUCCCUACAAACCACUAGACCAGAAUUCGUUAAGAAAGGACAUGAUAUCACGUAUAAAGUUAACUACAGUGCAGUUGAGCCUAGAAUUGCAACAAGUCCGUCUAUGGCGCGGCAAAGACGCCGUUUCAAGUAG